GUAGAAGAAACGAAAUCUUUCUGUUUUUUGUUAAUUGCAUUUACUAAAUAGAUGAAACUUUAUUCUUGGGGCAUGAAGACCGCCUGAGUGAGCGGAAAGCAAACCUGAAACCUUCACAGAAUCGUUGUCAUGCCUUCACCUAGAAGGAGUGCUGCGUCAUCGAGUCCUGCCCAGCCUCAGUCGCCUCAUGACAACGCCGAGAACGAGGCGGUGCUCGCUGAGGAGGAGGGUACUGCGUCGUCAACGACGAGUGUAAGCGCCUCUAUCCUCGACUAUAGAAAGGAGAACGGCAGGACCUAUCAUCGGUACAAAGAUGGAAAAUAUAGCUACCCCAACGAUGAGAGGGAAAACGAUGGACUAGACUUGCAGCACAACUUAUGGCUCCUUACCUUUGACAACCGUCUGGGAACCGCACCGCCAAAUGACCCAGAUUUUUCGGUGAAUCGAGUUUUGGAUGUCGGUACGGGAACCGGGUUAUGGGCUAUCGAGUUCGGCGAUGAGCAUCCCGAAGCUGAAGUCCUUGGCAUUGAUCUUUCAGCUGCCCAGCCGGAGUUCGUACCUCCGAAUGUGAAGUUCGAGAUUGACGAUAUCGAAGGGCCAUGGACCUUUUCGAGACCGUUUGACUAUAUCCAUAGCCGCCUGAUGACAUCAAGCCUCGCAGACUGGAGGAAAUACCUGCAAAAUUGUUACGACAAUCUCGCACCUGGCGGCUACCUCGAGCUGAACGAGAUGGACCUGAUCCCGACCUCAGAUAACGGGACCCUUACCGAUGAUCACGCCUUCACCCAAUCCCUGAAACUCCUGGGUGAAGCAAUGGGGAAGCUGGGCCGUCCGUACCAGGACAUACCGGAGCUCAAGGACAUAAUGGUCGAGAUCGGGUUCCGUGACGUCGUCUUGGAGAGGUACAAGUGGCCGACCAACUCCUGGCCGCGGCACCACAAGUACAAGGAGCUUGGCGUCUGGCAAAAUGAGAACCUGACGGCCGGCAUGGAGAGCUUCAUUAUGGCGCCGUUUACGCGGAUCCACGGGUGGUCGAGGGAGGCGGUUCUCGUGUUCCUUGUCGAUGUACGGAAGGAUAUUAAUGAUCGGAAUAUUCAUGCCUACUUUUCAGUGUAUUCUGUUUGGGGGAGAAAGCCGGCGGUGAAUGAGAGAGGUUGA